GACCUAGCUUUUCGAUUUGCCAUGAGUAAAAAAAAAAAAAUGUAAACAAUGUUUAUUUAUUUACAAUUUUUAUUUAACAACAAUAGAAAGAAAAUAAAAAACCACAAAUGAAGUUUAAUCGUCAUAAAUUAAAUACUGGAACGAUCACAACGUUCACCUGAAAUUUUCAGUUAGAAAAAGAAAAAUUAAAAAAAAAAAAAUGAAAAAUAUAUCAAUGAUUGAGACAAAUCAUGAAAAAUCAUACAAAAAUCUUCAAAGAAAAUUUCUAAUUGUCUACCUCCUGGCAAGUUUUGUUGAUUGGCUUCAAGGACCAUAUUUAUAUCGAGUCUACAUGACCUAUAAUUAUACAAAAACAGAUAUAUCAUUUUUUUAUAUUAUUGGAUUUCUAAGUAGCGGAAUAUUUGGAAUAAUAAUUGGAAUAAUUGCUGAUAAAUUUGGUAGAAAAAAAUUGUGCCUUGUUUAUUUUAUAUCAACAACAAUAACAUGUUUAUCAAUGACAUCAAAAAAUUAUAAAAUUCAUUUAAUUGGUAGAUUAUUUGGUGGAGUAUCAAGUGCAAUUCUAUAUUCAACAUUUGAAUCAUGGUAUAUUGGUCAACACAUCAAUGAACAGCUUGAUAAAUCAUUGAUUGGUUUAACAUUUACAAAGUCAACAUUUUACAAUGGUGUUAAUGCAAUAAUAGCUGGUUUAAUAUCAUCAUUGAUAUCAGAUAAUUUUAGCUAUGGUCCAACAGCACCAUUUUUACUAUCAAUACCAAUAUCAAUCAUUACAUUAUUAAUAUGUUAUACCAGUUGGAAUGAAAGUAUAAUUGUCAUAUCAAAAAUUAAUCUAUUUCAUGGAUUAAAAGUUAUAUUAUUUUCUAAAAAGAAAAAAUUAUUAAUUAGUUUGUUAAUUAUUCAAACAAUAUUUGAAACUGUUAUGUAUAUAUUUAUAUUUAUUUGGACACCAAUUGUCGAGCCAAUUAAACCAAGUUAUGGUAUUAUUUUUGGUGGUUUUAUGACGUCAAUUGCACUUGGAAGUUAUUGUCAUUCUUUGAUAGAAAAAAAAUUAAAACUAACACGUGAAAUUAUUCUGUGUUUUAGUAUUAUCAUGGCAUUUUUAAGUAUUGGAAUUUCAACAAUUGGUAUUUAUUUACAAAAUAGUUAUAGCUCAUUUGGUACUUAUUUAACACUUGCAUCAUUUUUUCUAUUUGAAUUUACUGUUGGUUUUUAUUAUCCAUCAAUUUGUUUUAUCAGAGGAAUAAUUGUACCUGAAAAUUGUCGUGCAAGUGUUGUCAAUUGGUUGAGACUUCCAACAAAUAUAUUUAUUUGUAUAAUAUUAUUAUUUAUCAAAACUAAUUCACCUGAUAAUUGUUUAAUAUUUUUUUCAAGUACUGUUGCACUUGGUGUAACAGCAUUAUUUACACUCAACUUCACCAAAGAAUUUUCAAAUUAUCAAAAGUAUUGUCAAUUAAAUAAUAGCAUAGAAAAAAUAUAAAUAUGUUUUAAUUAUUAUAAAUAUAUCAGGAUGUUAUUAAUUUAUCUGUUUGUUUUUUUGUAAAUAAAAUAAAUAAAUUAUAAAAGACAAAUUAAUUUGUUAAUUUAAA